AUGGCUGACGACGCUGCUGCUCAGGGAGGUGAUAACGCCGAAUACAUCAAGAUUAAGGUUGUCGGACAGGUAAGAUUAAAAAAUAAGGAAAGAACACGCUUAAUUUACUUUUUUCAGGACAGCAAUGAGGUCCACUUCCGAGUUAAGUUUGGAACAUCGAUGGCCAAGCUCAAAAAGUCGUACGCCGACAGAACUGGAGUCUCUGUGAGCAGUCUCAGGUAUGACAGCGAAAACAUCAUUCGUAAAAUCAAGCUGUAUUUUCAGAUUUCUUUUCGACGGACGCAGAAUCAAUGACGAAGACACCCCAAAGACGCUGGAGAUGGAAGACGACGAUGUCAUCGAAGUCUACCAGGAACAACUCGGGGGUUCUUUCUUCUAA